UGCACAUACAUGUUUCAUUGGGCUCGAAUCUCACGUCACAAGAGGCGCAUGUCCAGGCAGCGCAGGCUUGAUGCGGACGGUGGCACCAGAGUCGAAAAGAGUGAGCUUGAAGAGUGUCGCUAGCGAGCCGUGUAUGUUAGCUUCCGUGUUUAGCCGGGGCUAGACGGUCGGGCUAGACCAAACAUCGCAACAGGCAGUGUUUUGAGUUUCCUGCUUCCUGGUGCAGCAAGUAUCCACUGUACAGUAAGUGACUGCGGGGACAACAGGACAAGUGUUGGAGCUGAGGACGUUGCUCCCAAAUAAAUCAGAAGAAGCUGAUGGGGAAGGCAACGCUAUGGCAUCAGCAUCUGCCAGUGUAGACUCCAAGGCAGAGCUGACUGCUCUACUGGAACAGUGGGAGAGGGACCAACAAGGCAGCACACAGGAGCUGGUUCACAUCCUCACAAAAAUCUCUGAGCUUGUUGAGAAGGAGACAGAGGAGUACCACAAAGCGGACCCAGAUCCUUUUGAUGAUCGACAUCCUGGGAGAGCUGAUCCAGAAUGCGUGUUAGGACACUUGCUCAAGAUCCUGUUCAAGAAUGAUGACUUCAUGAACGCACUGGUGAACAGCUAUGUGAUGACCAGCAGAGAAUUCCCCCUCAACGCUGCAGCUUGUCGCCUGCUUCAGAACAUCAUGCCUGGACUAGAGACAGCAGUGGUCUUUCAAGAAAAGGAGGGUAUUGUUGAGAGGCUGUUUAAGUGGGCCCAGGAGGCAGAACAGCCCCUCAGAAUCUAUGCUACAGGCUUGUUGGCCGGCGCCAUGGAGAACCAGGACAUUGCAGCCAACUACAGGGAGGAGAACUCUGUUUUGGUGCCUUUGAUGCUGCAUCGCUUACGUGAGCUUCAGGAUAAAGAUGCUGAAAACAAAAGGGAAAUCAAACGACCCAGCCCAAGGAAGACUUGGAGUGAGCCUUUGCUUCCUUUAGAUGAGGAGACUGUUGACGGAGGCUUUGAAGAGAAGUGCUUCACGUCGGGCAAAAAUGGAGAAGAAAGGGAGGGGGCGGGGCCAGAGGAGGGUGGCGAAAUACCCUUUUCGGCCAUUGAGCCUGAAAACGAGCUCUCAUUCCAUCUCAACUCCCCUCAUAAGACCAGCAGCCGUGCCAACUCCGCUGUGAAAACCAUGAUGAAGCCCAUGUCUGCCCCAGGUUUACUGAUACACCAAGGCGUUGCUGAUGGCAGCAGUUACCUAAAAAGGAAGGCAGAGAGGGAGAGUGGCAGGACCCUAAAACAGAAGCUAAAUUUCUCUUUGCCAGAGCCAGAGAGGAACUUCAGUGAGCUUUCCAACAGCAGCUGGUCCGAGAUGAGCCCCUGGGUGAUUGGCAACAACUAUCAUCUGUACCCUCUAACCCCAGAGAUCGAGCAGAGGCUCAUUCUGCAGUAUCUCACUCCUCUGGGGGAGUAUCAGGAGCUGCUGGCAGUGUUCAUGCAGAUGGGAGCUCGUGAGCUACUCAUGCAUUAUAUGGAUCUAAAGCAGACCAAUGAUGUGCAGCUCACCUUUGAGGCCCUCAAGUACCUGGCCUCUUUGUUGCUGCACAAGAAGUUUGCUGCAGAGUUUGUGGCUCACGGAGGAGUCCAGAAGUUGCUGGAAAUCCCUAGGCCAUCUAUGGCUGCCACCGGAGUGUCUCUGUGUCUCUACUACCUUGCCUAUAACCAGGACGCCAUGGAGAGGGUGUGCAUGUUGCCCCACUCGAUCCUGUCAGAUGUUGUUGGUUACACGCUGUGGCUGCUGGAAUGCUCACACGCGUCGGGCUGCUGCCACGCCACCAUGUUCUUUUCCAUCUCCUUUUCUUUCCGUGCCGUCCUGGAGCUUUUCGACAAGCAGGACGGGCUCCGGCGACUUGUCAAUCUGAUUAGCACACUGGAGAUCCUGAACCCUGAGGACCAGGGAGCGCUGCUGAGCGAUGAUGAGAUUUUCUCCAGCAGGCAGACGGCCAAGCACACCUGCAUGGCCCUGCGCAGGUACUUUGAGGCCCAUCUGGCAAUCAAGGUGGAGCAGGUGAAGCAGUCUCUGCAGCGCACAGAGGGCGGUGCCCCCAUUCACUCUCAGCCAUACUACAAGGCGGUCAGCUAUACCCGUGACCAGGUGGUGGAAAUGAUGGAGUUUCUGAUAGAGUACGGACCGCUGCGGCUUUACUGGGAACCAGCAGAGGUCUUCCACAAGCUGUCAUGUGUUCAACUCCUCCUGCAGCUCAUCUCCAUUGCCUGCGACUGGAGGACCUACUAUGGCAGGAGUGAUACAGUUCGUUAUGCCCUCGACAUCCUGAGUAUCCUCACAGUUGUUCCAAAGACCCAGCUGCUGUUGUCUGAGGCUGUUGCUGUGCUUGAUGAGGGAGGAUCCACUGUUUCCACUGUUGGAAUGAGUAUAGUCCUGGCAGUGGCAGAGGGAGAGGUAUUUGUGAAUGAUGCCGAGAUUCAGAAGUCAGCUCUGCAGGUUGCCAUCAACUGCGUCUGUGCUCCAGACAAACGCAUGUCCAGCAUUGGCAAGUUCAUUGCAGGCACCCCACGCCGCCGCCUGCCCCAGCAGACCAAAGCCAGCGAGAGUGUGCUCACCAAGAUGUGGAAUGUGGUGCAGUCCAACAAUGGCAUCAAGGUCCUGCUGUCCCUGCUGACGGUGAAGAUGCCCAUUACAGAUGCAGAUCAGAUCCGAGCUCUAGCCUGCAAGGCUCUGGUGGGUCUGUCCCGCUCCACCUCCGUCAGACAGAUUAUCAGCAAGCUGCCUUUGUUCAGCAGCGGACACAUCCAGCAGCUCAUGAAGGAGCCUGUGCUCCAGGACAAACGCAGUGAACAUGUCAAGUUCUGUAAGUUUGCAGCUGAGCUGAUAGAAAGGAUCUCUGGGAAACCGCUGCUGAUCGGUACGGACGUGUCACUGGCGUGGCUGCAGAGGGCCAGUGUGGUCGCCCAGUCCAGGAUCUCCUUCCCUGAGAAAGAGCUGCUGUUGCUUAUUAGGAACCACCUUGUGGCCAAAGGCCUACACGACACGGCCUCCACACUCACCAAAGAGGCAGAUCUUCCGAUGGCAUGUCUGUCUCUCACAUCACUUUCAACUGCUGCUUUCCCCUCUGUUGCUCCUCCUCCACCUGCCACUCCCGUUGCUACUCUCCCCCGAACACCACGGCUGGCCAACGGUGUCGUCUCAAGACUCGCAAACCAUCCUUCUCACUCAUCAACCCCUGGGUCCAGCCAUCCACAAACACGUCCCUCCACAUCACAACCUACUGGGUCUUCUUCUGCCACUCUCCCCUCAACGUCUGUCCCCCACUGUAGCAAUGGAUCCCCCCUGAUCGGCCGAAUCGUUUUCUCCCGUGAGAGGCAAACAGCCUGCGCUGCGGUGAGCUGCAAGAAAUCUCGGGUACUCAGGCAGAAGUCGGACCAUGGGGCCUUCAGCCAGAGUCCAGCCAUGAAGAAGCAGUUUGACAGGCACUUGCCUUCGCCCCCUGCGUUAGACAGCAUUAUCACAGAGUACCUGAGGGAGCAGCACGCACGCUGUAAGAACCCUGUCGCCACAUGCCCGCCUUUCUCUCUCUUUACGCCCCACCAGUGCCCCGAGCCCAAACAGAGACGCCAAGCACCCAUUAACUUUACAUCCCGACACACACGGAGAGUCAUAUAUCCCAAAUAUGGAGGAGUAGAUGGGGGAUGCUUUGACAGACAUCUCAUCUUCAGCAGGUUCCGUCCCAUCUCAGUGUUCAGGGAGGCUGAAGAGGACGAGAGUGGAUUCAUGUGUUGUGCCUUCUCAGCUCGUGAACGGUUCCUGAUGCUCGGGACCUGCACGGGGCAGCUCAAACUGUACAAUGUGUUUACAGGCCAGGAGGAAGCCAGCUACAGCUGUCACAGUUCAGCCAUCACUCACCUCGAGCCCUCACGGGAUGGCUCUCUGCUCUUAACGUCAGCCUCUUGGAGUUACCCCCUGUCUGCACUGUGGGGCAUGAAAUCAGUGUUCAUCAUGAAGCAUUCCUUUCUGGGUGACCACUAUGUGGAGUUCAGUAAGCUUUCACAAGAUCGUGUCAUCGGAACGAAGGAACAUAUAGCACGAAUUUACGACAUCCAGACGGGACAGGUAACUCUGACUCUCAACAACCCAGACCUGGCUAACAACUACAAGAGGAACUGUGCCACCUUCAACCCCACAGAUGACCUGGUGCUGAACGACGGCGUGCUGUGGGAUGUGCGCACGGCUCAGGCCAUCCACAAGUUUGACAAGUUCAACAUGAACAUCAGCGGUGUGUUCCAUCCCAACAGCCUGGAAGUCAUCAUAAACACGGAAAUUUGGGAUCUGCGUACCUUCCACCUACUCCACACAGUCCCUGCGCUGGACCAGUGCAGAAUAGUCUUCAACAACAACGGCACGGUCAUCUAUGGAGCAAUGUUGCAAGCUGAUGAUGAGGACGACAUGAUGGAGAUGCAGAUGAAAAGCCCAUUUGGUUCGUCGUUCAGGACCUUUAAUGCCACAGACUACAAACCAAUCGCCACUAUUGACGUCAAGAGGAAUAUAUUUGACCUUUGCACAGACACAAAAGACUGCUACCUAGCUGUGAUUGAGAAUCAAGACUCUGUGAACACGGACACCGUGUGCAGGCUGUAUGAAGUUGGCCGGCAGAGACUUGCAGAGGAAGAGGAGGAGGAUGAGGAGGAUCAGGAGGAUGACGAUCAGGAGGAAGACGACGACGAUGACGAGGACUCAGAUGACGACGUCGACACAGACCCCCUUAUCGCUGAGCUGGAGAACGAGAACGGUGGGGAAGAUGAGGACGACGAAGAGGAUGAUGGGAACGAUGAAUUCUCUCCCUCUGAUGAGGAGGUGGCUCGUCUUCUCGAAGAGGAUGUUGAUGCUGGGGAUGAUGACGAUGAUGACGACAAUGACGAAGAUGACUCUGAUAAUGACGAUGUUGAUCUGGAUGGCGACAAUGACAGCUCGGACAACUCAGACCUCGAGGAUGAUAUCAUCUUAUCCCUGAAUGAGUGAGGAGCCUCCGGCACCUGGGACCCAACAUUGUCAAGUCCUCUGCAAGAAAAGAGGAGAAAUUCAGCCGAUAAGGUGGGAAAUAAAUUGGAGCACUGCCAGUUUGAACCAGUAAGUGUCUGCACACUUUGGGAGUGACGGGGCCGACGGACUUAAUGGUUGGCAAAAAUGAUUGUAUAUGAUAUAGUUUUAUACAGCAAAAGUGGGCUCGAUGAUCGAAAAGGCCAGUGUGUCGAUGCAGUGGAGAAAAGUUUCCUAUUUUACCACAUUACCAGCUCUUUAAUGAGCCUUUUCAUUUGUUAUUGAUUCCCUCACUUAGUGAACCUCUGUCUGGCCACAGGUUAGUCUUUUGUGGGGGGAAACGACUUACAUUGCAGACUGUGGGUCUGCAUUUGGGGAUACAAUGCCUUCUCAAGCUUGUACUUUACCGGUCCACCUGGAAUAACCACAAAAACUUACUUAGUAUUGCAUUAGGCAGCUAAUUGAAUGCACAAACGUGUUGCCGAUGGCUCAUCGAGAGUCAAAACCGGCAUUCAGUUUUUACCAUAAACCAAUGAACAAAAUGCCACACACAGCAGUGCCAAUUGUGAACUUCCUCUCCCGACUUCAUUACCUAAAUAGAGAAAAGAAAUCGUCUCGGUGCUCUUGAAUCUCUGAAGACACCGUAACAAAACAAACUACUACAUCUGCUCACUGUCCGCACGUACACAGCCAUACACAGGCUUCUGCAGCGUCCUGCCAUUGUGCUAUUUCACUCACCUUUAUUGAGCCACGCAUUUGAGUUCAGUGGAUAUUGAUAGUGGCCUGAGGUCCAGUGAAUGAUAUUUCUUAUGUUAAAAAAGACACUGAGGAUUCAGUGACUCAGUGACUUUGGUUCAAGACUGAUAAUAUGAUAAGCUUCAUUCAUUGGAUCUUGCUCAAUCUUCAAAGACCGUAAAACAUUGGAAAACAGGGAGACAACAGCAAAAGUCACGUGUGUUUCCUCUGAAAGACUGAUGGGAAGUGUCACACUCUCAACAUUGUGAAAACAGGUGCCUGCAGCACUUGCACACUUUUUGAAAGCAGUGCAAACAUUUCAAGACUUUUGUCACUGUUUUGACUUGUAUUCAUUUGACCUGUUUUCUUUUCCAUAGGGACACUUUUACGUUGAGUUUCUUGAGACAAUUGAUGUACAUCUUGUAUGUAUCUAAAGUAUUUUUACUAUAAAUAAAGCUUCAAAAUUAA